CAGCCUUCGUGUCCUUCUCGUCUUCCUGUACGGCCGCUAUCGAACCGCCUUCCUACACUCUUUCGGGAAUCAAUGUGUGGUGGCCCUAAGUCAGACAUGACUCGAGGUCGCUCCCCACCGAAUGGUGUCACUCCACCCGUCACGCCUGGCGGAAGCCUCCUCUUCUCACCACGGACGCGUGCGCGGGACACGUCCACUACGCCGCGAAAUCAGAGCACAGAGAGGGAUGCCUACUUCAGCGAAGAGGACCAGAUGAGGCUCAGAGAUCUCGACUCUCAUUAUUGGGCCCAGCAGACACCCAUAGAUGAAGCUGCAGGCGAUGCAUUGUUCGACGAUGGAGCAUCAGACGCUACACAAGGGCCGGAAGAAGGAGCGGCACCGGCUCAGCCCUCUGCCUCGCGCCUUACGACCUCUGGGUCAGACCACGCUAUCAUCUCACCUUCGGGUCAGGCCGCCGUCAUGGCGUCACUGGGCUCCAAUAUACUGCCAUCUGAGCUGUACUCUACAUCCCCAACCAUCUCAUCACGCAAGCGUCCCUCGCCUCCUCACUCUCCCACUAGACCCUCAUCGCAGCUCGAAGAUCCCCUCACAUCGGAGCUCAAAGCAUUGUACAAGAGCCUACACACGUGCAUGAUGCUGAGAGACAAGUACAUGGACGUCUCACUACAGGCGAAGCUCGAAGACAACCCAAAGAACUGGGACGCAGAGUACUGUCAGCAGUGGCGCAAGCAGAGAGGUCUCCCGUCCUCUACGACUGAUGUGGCAGGUGACGCAGGGCUCAAGGUCGAUGGGUCCGCUCUGAAGGACGUAGAUGACCCCGAGAGCGAACCAAAGCCGUGGAGCAUCUAUCCUGCCCCGCCAAGGCCUCACUGGGAGCUCUUCAACCCGCCGCCUGCUUCGUCAUUCGUGGUGAGGUCUCACUCGGGCGGCACAUCCACUCUGCCCAAGCCUAUUCCCCCGGCAUCUCCGGCCAACGCAGCUGCUGCUCAGAAGCUGCUCGAAGAGACUGGAGGAAGACCUGGAGUAUUCGACCCGGCCAAUAUCGAGGUCCCCGGAGAGUGGAGGUGCAAGGCUCUGACUGGCAACGAGAAGAUCGAGUACGCAACAGACGUCAAUGGCGUAUAUCAGGUGCAUGUAGUAGGCGAUGGUUACAAGCGUCCACUUGAUCCAGACCUCCGGAUCCCGACUCUGAGAGACUAUUUCAAAGACUUAGACUACCUGCUAGGGGUCAUCUCGGAUGGGCCAGUCAAGUCGUUCGCAUGGAGGCGGCUGAAGUAUCUCGAGGGCAAGUGGAAUCUGUACUCUCUCAUGAACGAGGGGAGGGAGGUGGAAAGCAUGAAGAGGGUCAGACAUCGAGACUUCUACAACGUGAGGAAGGUGGAUACACACGUCCACCAUUCUGCAGCUAUGAACCAGAAGCACCUGCUGCGCUUCAUCAAGGCCAAGAUCAAGCGUCAUCCAGAUGACGUUGUCAUCUUCCGAGAUGGCAGGGAGCUCACUUUGGCAGAGGUCUUUGCUUCCCUCAACUUGACGGCCUACGACUUGUCAAUUGACACGCUCGACAUGCACGCUCAUCGCGAGGCAUUCCACAGAUUUGACAAGUUCAACACAAAGUACAACCCUAUCGGAGAGUCGCGUCUGCGAGAGAUCUUCAUGAAGACGGACAACCUCAUUCGAGGCAGAUACCUCGCCGAAAUCACAAAGGAAAUCAUGUCUGAUUUGCAGAGCUCAAAAUACCAGAUGGCAGAAUACAGAGUGUCGAUCUAUGGAAGGAACGUCGAGGAAUGGGACAAGCUGGCCACGUGGAUCGUUGAGAAUGAGCUCUUCUCGCCGAAUGUCAGGUGGUUGAUCCAGAUCCCGCGACUGUACGAGGUGUACAAGUCCAACGGCACCAUCAACACCUUCCAAGACUUGCUCAACAAUGUUUUCGAGCCGCUCUUCGCAUGCACGCUCAAUCCUCGUAAGCACCGCAACUUGCACAUCUUCCUUCAGCGGGUGAUUGGCUUCGACCUCGUCGACGACGAGAGCAAGGUCGAGAGGAGAUACCACCGGAAGUUCCCGACCCCGACCAAGUGGGACAUGAAGGAGUCGCCUCCAUACACGUACUGGAUUUACUACAUGUAUGCAAACAUUGCUAGCCUCAACCAGAUUCGAAGAAAGAGAGGCUUUGGUACGUUUGUACUUCGUCCUCACUCUGGUGAAGCCGGUGACACAGAUCACCUUGCAGCGGCGUACCUCUGCUCUCAGUCCAUCUCCCACGGCAUCACACUCCGAAAGGUCCCGGCGAUGCAGUACCUCUACUAUCUGAAGCAAGUGGGCUUGGCGAUGAGUCCUCUGUCCAACAAUGCCCUCUUCCUUCACUACGAUCGAAACCCCUUCCCGACCUACCUCAAGAUGGGAAUGAACGUUUCCAUCUCUACCGACGACCCUCUGCAGUUCCAUCUGUCAAAGGAGCCUCUACUAGAGGAAUACUCGGUUGCUACUCAGGUCUACCGCUUGUCGCCGUGCGACAUGUGUGAGCUAGCGCGGAACUCUGUGCUGCAAUCAGGAUGGGAGCGCGAGAUCAAGCGACACUGGCUGGGUGUAAACUUCCAUCUUGGAGGACCAGAAGGAAAUGUGACUGCAAAGACCAAUGUGCCGGACAUUCGACUUAGAUACCGUCACGAGACUUUGACCGAGGAGUUGGAGCUGAUCGGUCGGUAUGGAGGAAAUCAGGAGGCUUUGAAGACGGCAGAGCAAGGAAGCGCCGGUAAUGUCAGUAGGGGAGUACUGGGACAGGCCUCCAAUGGCACCGCGAUGGCCUUCUCGAAGGAGACUGCUGCGAGCGGAACUUCUCUCACUUCUCCUGCCAUAAGCAUCACUACCCCCUCUUCGAUUUCGUCGAGCACAUCAAGCGCUGGUGAGUCAUCGCAGGAUCCCUUUGCCGUCAGCGCCCUCUCGGCGUCGUUGCCCAGCAGCAACUGUCCACUUGAUGCCAGGGACUACCCCGGCGUGGCGGACCUGGCGAGGAAGAUGGAGCAGAGAAAGGCGAGGGAGCAGAAGUAGGAGUGCGAAUGGUGCGGCUUCUGGGACAUCUCUCUUAGUAUUGUGUCUGUAAUAUGAUGUGAUUUGCAGCGCACCUGCCGCAGCAGGUGUGUGAGUCGUUGCGUGGACA